AUGACAAAUUUUGUCAAGCCGAACACCGGCAAGGAUUACCCGGAGAUGGGUAAAGAGGCUGUGGAAUACGCUCUGGCAGACGCCAACAUGCCUUACGAUGUGGUGCAACAAGCGGUGUGUGGUUACGUCAGCGGUGAUUCGUGUUGCGGUCAGCGUGUACUGUAUCAGAUCGGCAUGACCGGUAUACCCAUAUAUAAUGUCAAUAACAAUUGUGCAACUGGUUCAACUGCACUUUACAUGGCCAAGCAGCUCGUUGAAGGAGGUCUUUGCGACUGCGCUAUGGCCGUCGGUUUCGAAAAAAUGGCACCGGGACCACUAGUUAACGGAAAAUUUGAAGAUAGAGCCAAUCCUAUUGAUAAACAUUUGAAAAUAGUGGACGAAAUAGCUGGAAUACAAAAAGGACCAAUCGCGCCACAAUUUUUCGGAAACGCGGCACUUGAGUAUAUGAAAAAAUAUGGUGCCACCGAGCUUCACCUCGCUAAGAUUGCAGCUAAGAACCAUCGACACGGAAGUAAAAACCCAAGAGCUCAAAUCAGGAAGGCGUGCUCGGUGGAGGAAAUAUUAAACUCUAGAAGGAUUCAUGGUCCGUUAACAAAGUUAGAAUGCUGUCCGACUAGUGACGGUGCUGCAGCAGCUGUGCUUAUGUCAGAAAAAGCCGUGAUAAAAUAUGGACUCAAAGAAAAAGCCAUCGAGAUCAUUGGUAUGGAAUUAGCUACUGAUACGUCAGAUGUAUUCAAGGAAAAGAGCAUGAUGAAAGUUAUUGGUUACGAUAUGACAGCAAUGGCAGCGAAACGCUUGUUUGAAAAGACUGGAGUCUCGCCGAAAGAAAUAGAUGUGGUUGAACUUCACGAUUGCUUCGCUUCUAACGAAAUGAUAACAUAUGAAGGACUUCAGUUGUGCGGAGAAGGCGAAGCGGGCAAGUUUAUCGACGCUGAAGAUAAUACGUUUGGAGGAAAAGUCGUCGUGAACCCUAGUGGUGGCCUGAUUGCUAAGGGUCAUCCUCUAGGAGCCACUGGUCUUGCUCAAUGUGCUGAACUAGUGUGGCAGCUAAGAGGGGAAGCGGGGGAACGACAGGUACCCUUCGCGAAAAUCGGCCUACAACAUAACUUGGGAAUCGGAGGAGCGGUCGUAGUGGCAAUAUAUCGAAAGGGAUUCCAAUAUAACACUCAUAAUAUCGUACCUACAAACGAGCGCAGUGAAGAUAUCCGCUCUAAAUUAUGA